AUGGAGGAAGCACCUUUGGAGAAGAAGAAGACGCCCAGCAUCAGCGCCUGCUGGACCGGCAUGCAGGACGAACUCGAACUCCUCGACAUGAGGAUCGGACUCGCAAUGCCUGGCUUCGGCCUCAAGACGAUCACUGCGCUCCUGCCGUACACCCGCGAUCCUCCCCGCUGGGCCAAGGCCACCUUUGCAACGCUCGUGCUCGGCGCCCACCUUGCUGUGAUCUCGGUCCUCCGCACGAACACGUGGCAGUCGUGGGUUCCCGUCCUCGGCCUCGCCAUGCUCGCGGGCGGGUGUGUGCUCGGCUCCACUCACCGGUCGGCAAUCUCCGUGGGCACCGUUUCCACCGGAUUCGCGCUGCAGUUCUGGUUCGGCGUGCUCGUGACGCGGACAGACGCGGGCUCGUGGGCGCUGUCGUAUGUCUCGUGCCUGAUGACGACCCUGCUCAAGUACGCGGGGCUUGGCGCCGCCUUUGUCUUUGGCGACGACCUUCUCGCCUUCUUUGCCUUCUCCGUGGUCUUCAAGUAUGGGGGAGCGGCUCUCGCCAACUUCCUGGCGGUCUCGGAGGUCGAGGGGAUCGUCACAGUCGCCAACGUGUUCCUGUCCAUGACCGAGGCGCCGCUGCUCCUCACCCCGCUGCUGCCCGGCCUGAGCCGGUCGCAACUCUUCGUCGUCAUGACGGGCGGAUUCGCUUCGGUCGCCGGCUCGACCCUCGGAGCGUACAUCAGCUUUGGCGCCGACCCGAGCCAGCUGCUGUCGGCGUCCAUCAUGUCGGCCCCAGCAGCGCUGGCGGUGGCCAAGAUGCUGGUCCCCGAGACGGGGUCUGCCAAGGACGCCGCCGACGAGGCGGCCGCGGAUGCUGCGCGGACGGAGGCGGCGCAGCUGGCGAGGAGGCAACGGGUCCACGCGCGCCUCGCGGCGAAGCGGCAGGGCCGCCCGACGGGCAGCCCGCCCCGUGAUUCGUAUACGUUCUCCGGGCUGCGGUGGUGGUUUGCAAUGAUCGGCGUCGAGGGCGUGACGUUUGAGCUCUUCCUCGGCUACGUCUUCACGCCGCUCGCCUACAUGAUGGGCGUGGACGCGAGCGAGUGCCUCACCGUUGGCAAGCUGAUCGGGGUCAAGAUCGUCCAAAACGAGUUCGUGGGCUACUUUCAGCUCGGCGAGCUCAUCGCCGCGGGAGGGCUCUCGGAACGCGCCCAGACCAUCGCGACGUACGCACUCUGCGGCUUUGGAAACCUGGGCUCCAUGGGCAUUAUGGUCGGGUGUCUCUCUGGCAUGGUGCCCCGCAUCCGCACGGCGGUGACCCGCGACGUGUUUCGCGCGCUCCUCGCGGGCAAUAUCGCCUGCUUCUCGACCGCGUGUGUCGCCUCCGCAAUCCUGGCGGACGCGGGCAGCGAGGCUCCGUCGCAGUACGAGUGCCCCUGCUUCAAGAGCGAGUGCCCCGCCCCUUGACCCGCCCGGUCCUAUAGGACGUGGCAGCCCGCGCGCCCCACACGCCUUCGUCUAGCUCCGUCGAGACCGGGAGUGAGCGACAUAGCUUUGCGAUGCGUUGUAGUAUUGGGAAGGGUGGGAUGUAUUCCCUUCCUGGUCCUCGAGAUCGGGAGCGGUGUGCGAAUCGUUGCGGUAUGGGGAAGGGGGGAGGGGAGGCGUGCGAGUGUAUUCCUCCCAUUUGCAUUCCUGGCCCUCGCGGUCGGGGGAGUGCACUGUCGGCUGCACUGUCUACCCAACCUCAAUUUUAUAU